AUGAGUAGGAGCUACAAUAGAAUAUCCGUCUACGACGCUAGACCGUUUCACGCCUACCUCUCAUCCGACGAUGGCGAAGGGGAGGACGACGACGUUGAUGUGUGGAAGGAUGGUCCGGAGUUGUUUGAUUUGAGCGAUAGCGAGGAUGACCGCCUCGAGAACUACUAUCGCACGCUGAAUCAGGAGCGAAUCUAUGGCCAAGGGAAAGGCAAGGGCAAGGGAAAAAGCAAAGCAAAGAUUGAUGAGAGUGCGACGGUUGAGCCACCACCGGAACGGCCGCAACCGCCACCGCAAGAAGAGGAAGAAGAAGCGGAAGAAGUUGGGAGUGAAGUCAUAGAACCGGCAGAGAUUUUCGAUGAGGACACAAAGACGGUAGUGGAUUUAAGAGAAAGGGCACCACGAGAACCAUCACCACCACCACCACGACAAGAAGAAGUAGAAAAAGUAGAGAGUGAGAUCACGGAGCCAGCAGCAGAGGACUCGGGCGAAUACGCCGAGACGGUGGUGUAUGCAGGAGACAGACUCACAGACGCCGAAUUCGCCCAGCGCCAAGUAUCCUACGCCCUAGCCACGACCCGGCGGAACCUGACCCGGAUAUCGCAGUUCAUGCUCAAGCUCGAGUGCCGGGCGGGCAAAGUCACGAAAGAGAGCAUCCGCCAAACCCUGGACGCGACCGUCGCCGACAACGCGGACGCCUUUUUCGAGCACACCUUCAUCGACCCCGUCCACAUCCCCGAGAUCGAGGAGCUCAAGGCCCUCAGCGAAAGCACGUGGCACCGCCUAUACCUCCUGGACCGCGUGUGGCGGCGGCAGGGCCGCGACCCCCCGGACACCAACAACAACAAGGACAACACGAGCAGCAGCAACAGCAGCACCCCGCCCCCCACGAUCCCGCUCGCGGGCGAGCGCAGCGUAAAGACGUGGCUGCGCGAGGAAACGCGGACGGCGCGCCUCGCCAGCCGCGACGAGUGCUACUUCACGGCGGCGGACCUGGCGCAGGGGCGGCGCUUCGCGGACUGGAUCGCGUACCUGCGGGAGCUGUGCCAGUUCAAGGACCACCCGGCCGACGAGGCGAAGCUGGUGAAGCUUGCGUGGAGGUUCCUCGACCGCAACCUGCGCGGCCCGCCGCCGGCGAAUCCGACGAGGGCUGGCGCGUUUGUGGCGCGGCUGGAGAGCGAGCAUGAGAGGGGCGGGUUUGAUGAGGUGCUGGGGGACCCCGGGAGGCAGGAGGGCGAGGAUGAGAGGGCUUGGAGGGAUAUUAGGAAGUAUUGGUCUUCGAGGUUUCAGUAUUGA